GUCAACAGCGGAGGCCCCACCCUUUGUGUUACCUACCGCCCGUCAAUCAAAAUAGAAAAAAAUCAGACACUUAUCACUAAUUUCCACGCGUAUACAAUCAGUGUAAUCUGUUGAUCAUGUCCGGUGGCUUGUGACUAUCAAGACUCUCCGUUUUAGGACAAGUCACGCAAUGACUGCCCCAGAACACCCAAUGAAAGCGGAUGAUAUGGCUGCCUUAGACGUGGACAGCAGUAAGAGCGACUUUUUGCAGCAGGAGGAAGGCAGGGGCAAUCAGAUCUCACAUCCAUCUACGCAGCUUACUGGGACAGAGAAAUGGGAGGUGUUAACCCCCACAACAGCAGCAAAAGAUGAGUCUGGAAUAGUACAGAUCCAAAGUCAAGGGAUAUUAACGUCAAAUGGGCAGUAUGUUCUUCCUAUCCAGAACUUACAGGGUCAGCCAAUCUUUGUUACGUCAGGAACGGACGACUCCUCUGCCAAUUCAGUGCCUAACAUUCAGUACCAAGUAAUUCCUCAGAUUCAAACAGCAGAUGGACAGCUGAGCUUCUCCACGGCCAGUGUGGAAGGACCAACCCUGACUCAGGAUGCUACGGGACACAUUCAGAUCUUGCCUGAUGGUAGCCAGAGUCUCAGUGUGACAUCAACUGCAAACAUCCUUAACAACAACCAGAACCUCAUUUCACAGACUGCUAACAUCCAGCAGAUCCAGGGGGUUUCUAUUGGCAGCUCCACCUUCAACAACCAGGGCCAGGUUGUUACUAAUGUGCCUGUGGGUUUGCCCGGGAACAUUACCUUUGUUCCUGUUAACAGCGUAGACUUGGACUCCCUUGGCUUGUCUGGUGCUCAAACUAUAGCAACAGGGGUCACUGCUGAUGGCCAGCUAAUUAUGGCAAGUCAGCCUGUGGAUGGCUCUGAGAGUCUGGCUAAGACAGAUGACCACCUCUCACAGACACUACCAGUAAAUGACUCGAAUGCAAAUCCUGAGAUAUUUGUGCCAACGUCUUCCUCUCUACACGUUACAGCAAGCGAAGCAGGUCUGCUAACCCAGAACACUUCAUUACCAUUAGUGGCUACGGAGCAAGCCAACUCAAGUUCUGGUCUCCAAGAAGGCUUCGUCCAGCAAAAUCAGGAGCUAAAUGUCCAUGCGUCAUCAGCUCAGCCAAUCAUCCAGCUGCAGCAGGUUCCUGUUCAGACCACCAACGGACAGGUGGUGCAGUCAGUGGCGGCAGGUGGGCAGAGUCUGCAAAAUGUGCAACUGAUCAACCCGGGAACCUUCAUCAUCCAAGCUCAGACAGUUACGCCAUCAGGUCAGAUACAGUGGCAGACCUUUCAAGUGCAAGGAGUGCAGAACCUCCAGAAUCUCCAGCUGCCCACCACACCGCCCCAGCAGAUAACUCUUGCUCCAGUCCAGACCCUGUCCCUGGGUAACAUCAGCACAGGACAGAUCCCCAACCUGCAGACAGUCACAGUCAAUUCAGUGGCCCAGCAGGAAGGAGACACUGAUCACCCUGCAGAUAUUCAGAUCAAGGAAGAGCCAGACUCUGGAGAAUGGCAGCUUAGCACUGAUUCUACCCUGAACACGAGCGAUCUGUCCCACCUCCGAGUCAGACUGGUGGAUGAGGAGGAUCAGCUUGGCCAAGAGGGCAAGAGGCUGCGCAGAGUGGCAUGUACCUGCCCUAAUUGCAGAGAGUCGGGUGGCAGAGGAUCUAGCAUGGGGAAAAAGAAGCAGCACAUCUGCCACAUCGCGGGCUGUGGGAAAGUAUACGGAAAGACAUCGCACCUGCGAGCACACCUGCGCUGGCAUUCAGGGGAGCGACCUUUUGUUUGCAGCUGGAUGUUCUGUGGGAAGAGGUUCACACGCAGCGAUGAGCUGCAGAGGCACAGGAGAACACACACAGGAGAGAAGAAGUUUGUCUGCCCAGAAUGUUCCAAGCGCUUCAUGCGGAGCGACCACCUGGCGAAGCACAUUAAAACUCAUCAGAACAAAAAAGGCGUGAACUCUGGCAGCGCCGUGGUGGCCUCGAUGGAAUCCGCAGGGUCCUCAGACAGUAUCAUCACCACGGCAGGCGCCACCCUCAUCCUCACCAACAUCCAGCAGGGCUCCAGCAACGCCCAGGACAUCCUAGCCAACGCAGAGAUCCCACUCCAGCUCGUCACCACAGUAGCGGCCAGCGAAGUCAUGGAGUGAUUUACACUCCGCUUAUGAACUUCUGCGACCUCCCUCAUACUGUAUACUCCUACCUGCAUUUUUAUUCACGUUUUGAAGGAAAAAACUAAAAUUAUAAAUAUAUAAAUAUAUAUAUUUUAACACAGAAAUAGUCAGUCCGUGUCCAUCCUCAGCGCAUACUGAGAGAAAACAAGCAAAGGUGGAAAAAGACAUUGCAGUAAACACACAAGGAAAUGCCUUAUUUUGUACAAUACUGUGUAGUUGAAAAAUGUAGGAUUCCACUUUCUUUUAAAAUUUACUUAUUUGUUAAUAAUGUGAUUUUCAUGAAAAUGAUUGGUAAGUUGAGCAGUUUCUUUUCUCCUCACCUUUUGUUGAUGGUGUAUUUUGAUGAUGUCCUUCAUAAUAGGCAACCCCCCCCCCCCAAUAUUCCUGUGUGCAAAGACUAAAUCUCACAGCAGAGCUAAUUUUAUCCAGCUGAAACAAAGUUAUUGUUUAUGCCCAUGCAAAUUUUACAUUUUUUAAAUUAUUAUUGUUAUUAUUAUGCAUUCUUGUUUCCUUCCAGUCUGCUUGCAAAGCCCUCCUUCCUCGCUUUUUAAUGAGUUUCCUCAAGCCUGCUACAUUUUGCAGGUGAAAAUGGAAAAACAAUCAAAUUUUUUUGUAUUUUAAUUCCUCUUAACAUUUACUCUUGAUAUGAUACACAUUAUUUGCAUAUGAAAUAUUUUGACUGAAGAGCCAUUUAUAUUGGGCUUUACAUAAACAACGCGUUUGCGCCAUUGAAGGUUCAGAACAUUUCAAAUGGCUCCAUUAUAUGUAAUUCAUGUGUUUUUUGGGGGGGUUUGUAGAAAAAAGAAAAAAAAUCCUUUU